AUGUUCAUAUCUAUCUAUCUAUCUAUCUAUCUAUCUAUCUAUCUAUCUAUCCCAUUCUGUUUCAAUCUAUCUAUCUAUCCUUUACUCUGUUCAUAUCUAUCUAUCUAUCUAUCUAUCUAUCUAUCUAUCUAUCUAUCUGAUUCUGUUUCAAUCUAUCUAUCUAUCCUUUACUCUGUUCAUAUCUAUCUAUCUAUCUAUCUAUCUAUCUAUCUAUCUAUCUUAUUCUGUUUUUCUUCAUUAUUAUCUAUCUAUCUAUCUAUCUAUCUAUCUAUCUAUCUAUCUAAAUUUGUUUAUAUCUGUGCUAUCUAUCCUAUUGUCUUUCUUUCUUUCUUUCUUUCUUUCUUUCUUUCCCAUUCUGCUUCUAUCUAUCUAUCCUAUUGUGUUUGUUCUGUUUGUUUGUUUGUUUCUUUCUUUCUAGCUAUCCUAUUGUGUUUCUAUCUAUCUAUCUAUCUAUCUAUCUAUCUAUCUAUCUAUCUCAUUCUGCUUAUCUAUCUAUCUAUCUAUCUCAUUCUGCUUCUCAGCUUAAUAUUAUCUAUCUAUCUAUCUAUCUAUCUAUCUCAUUGUGCUUAUUUGUUUCUUUAUUUCUAUCUAGCUAUCUAUCCUGUUGUGUUCAUUUCUAUCUAUCUAUCUAUCUAUCUAUCUAUCUAUCUAUCUAUCUAUCUUUUGUACUAA